CCCUGAAGGAAGAAAAGAUUCGAAGUCUGCAAAACGCGAUUCUGGCCGAGAAGGAACAACACGCUCAGCGAGUUCAACAGGUUACAUACUAUGAAGAGAAAAUGCUAGAAGUAGAGGAUGAGUUAGGCAGAGUCAAGGAGGACAGAAGGCAAGCGUCAAUACAGGUAACGCGCAGUGAGCAGCUCAGUCAACAGCUACAGAAGGAGGUCACCAACUUGAAACAAAAGAGCAGAAACGAGACGGCGAAAAAGGAUGAAAUUGUAAGGCGACUAGAGGGAGACCUAUCCAACCUUCAAGAAACAGUGAAAAGCUAUGCUGAGGAGGUCGCUCAGUUGAACGGCAAGCUAACGGCCACUCAGACCACGUUAUCAACACGUGACCAGGAACUACGUGAGAAGGAAAAUGAGAUAUUCAGUUUGGAACAGGCAGCAGCUGAGAUGAACGACCAGAUUAACAUCUUUCAGACGAACUGUAACCAUUUAGAAGAAGAGGGCUCUAAGCAGCGUGCUAGAGUUAUUCAGUUGGAAGAAGACUUAUCAAACACUCGCCAAAAGCAUCGAGAUGCUGCACAAGAAGUUAGUACAGCUUUGGUUUCAAACUGA